AUGGAACGGCAAGUACUGUUUUUCACCCUGUUCGUUGUCGCUCCAGCUGUCGGUCACGUCAGCUACUCUAUUCCAGAAGAGAUGGUAAAGGGCUCUGUUGUGGGAAACAUAGCACGGGAUUUAGGUUUAGAUGUGAACAGAUUAAAAUCGGGUAAAGCCCGCAUUUUUACCAGUGACAGUUCAGAAUACAUCGAGCUGAGCAGGGAGAGAGGAGUCCUCCUGGUUAAUGAAAGGAUCGACAGAGAAGCGCUCUGCAGGCAGACGACGCCUUGUGCUUUACAUUUGCAGAUCAUCUUGGAAAACCCAAUGGAGCUUUUUCGAAUAACAGUUGAGAUCAGCGACAUCAACGAUAACAGCCCCACCUUUAAAAGUACCGAGCAACACUUUGAGAUAAGCGAAUCUGCAGUUGUGGGAUCAAAAUUUGUCUUGGAGAGAGCAGUGGAUUUAGACAUCGGGAGAAAUGGUUUGAAAAAUUACAGUUUAAAACCUGCAGAUAAUUUUGUGCUAAAAUUAGAAAAUCAGCCCGAUGGGAAUAAAAAGGUUGAGAUGGUUUUACACAAACCUUUAGAUAGAGAGAAAGAGGAGCAAAUAUAUUUGAUGUUGAAAGCUGUAGAUGGAGGAGAACCUCAGAUGUCAGGAACAGUAAAGAUUUAUGUUACUGUUCUAGAUGCAAAUGACAACCCUCCUGUUUUUACACAGUCAGUUUACAAAGCAGCCAUAAAGGAAAAUUCUCAGAAAGGGACCACUCUGACACAGGUGAGUGCCUCUGAUGCAGAUAAAGGAUUAAAUCAAGAAAUAGCUUACUCAGUGUCUUCUACUAUUGAUAGUGUAUCUGACAUAUUUCAACUGAAUAUGAAGGGUGAAGUGAUUUUAGUUGGUGAAGUGGAUUUUGAAAAAGCUAAGUCUUAUCAAAUAGAUAUUAAAGCUAAGGACAGUGGAGGUCUUUCUGACUCCAGCAAGAUUAUACUUGACAUUAUUGAUGUUAAUGAUAACAAACCUGUAAUCAGUGUAAUGUCAAAAUCAGAUUCUAUUUCAGAAAAUUCCCCCUAUCACACAGUUGUUGUUCUGUUCAGUGUGCUUGAUCCAGAUUCUGGAAACAAUGGGCGAGUCAACUGCAGACUAAAUGAAAAUAUUCCAUUUAUUAUAAAAACAUCUUCAAAUGACUUUUACACCAUUGUGACAGACAGCGAGUUAGACAGGGAGAGAGCCUCUGAGUAUAACAUCACGGUGAGCUGCUCUGAUGAAGGAGUGCCCUCCCUCUCCAGCAGCGUCACUCUCACCUUACAGAUCUCUGAUGUGAAUGACAACGCUCCUGUCUUUGAGAAGAGCUCAUAUGAGGCCUACAUUGUAGAAAACAACACACCAGGUCUCUCUAUAUUCACAGUGAAAGCCACAGACGCUGACUGGAACCAGAAUGCCCGUGUUUCUUACAUACUGGAGGACUCCUCCGUUAACGGAGUUCCGGUCUCCUCAUAUGUGUCCGUUAGUGCUGAUAGCGGGGUCAUCCACACAGUGCGCUCUUUUGACUACGAGCAGAUCAAAGACUUCCGGUUUCACGUUAAAGCGCAGGAUGGAGGCUCUCCUCCUCUCAGCAGCAACGUGACUGUGAAAAUAAUGAUCCAGGACCAGAACGAUAACCCCCCUCAGGUCCUGUACCCGGUCCAGACUGGAGGCUCCGUGGUGGCUGAGAUUGUGCCUCGUUCAGCAGAAGUGGGCUAUCUGGUGACUAAAGUGGUGGCUGUUGAUGUGGACUCUGGACAGAACGCCUGGCUCUCUUAUAAACUGCAGAAAGCCACAGACAGGGCGCUGUUUGAAGUGGGCUUACAGAAUGGAGAAAUCAGAACUAUCCGUCAAGUGACUGAUAAAGAUGCUGUGAAACAAAGACUGACUGUUAUAGUGGAGGACAACGGCCAGCCCUCUCGUUCAGCUACAGUCAUUGUUAACGUGGCGGUGGCGGACAGCUUCCCUGAAGUGCUGUCGGAGUUCACUGACUCUACACACGACAAGGAGUACAAUGACAACCUGACUUUUUACUUAGUCUUGGCUCUGGCUGUAGUUUCCUUCCUCUUCAUCACCUGUUUGGUGGUUAUCAUCUCAGUGAAAAUCUACAGAUGGAGACAGUCUCGCAUCCUGUAUCACUCCAGCCUCCCUGUCAUUCCAUAUUAUCCACCACGUUACUCAGACACGCUGGGGACAGGAACUCUCCAACAUGUGUACAACUACGAGGUGUGCAGGACCACUGACUCCAGAAAGAGUGACUGUAAGUUUGCCAGAGCUGCUAGUCAGAACGUGUUGGUAAUGGACCCCAGUUCUACAGGAACCAUGCAGAGGAUGCAGGGUGAGAAGAGCAUCCUGGAUGAGCCUGACUCUCCUUUGGAGGUUAGACCACAUCUUUGUUUUAUUUAAAUGUUCAGA